CCCCACCCCUGCCCCUGGUCCCGUCAGUGGGGUCCGGAGCCCACGGUGCUGUGGCUUCUUCCUUCUUCGACGCCUCCGUCGCCUCCUAAAGAAGCGAGCCAGUCGAGAGUUACACCGCCACCGCCAGGAUGGAUAGAAUGACAGAAGAUGCUCUUCGCCUGAAUCUGUUGAAGCGCAGUUUGGACCCAGCAGAUGAGCGAGAUGAUGUCCUGGCAAAAAGACUGAAAAUGGAAGGACAUGAGGCCAUGGAACGUCUGAAAAUGUUGGCACUGCUUAAAAGGAAGGAUUUGGCGAAUCUUGAAGUGCCACAUGAGUUACCAACCAAACAAGAUGGCAGUGGUGUCAAGGGCUAUGAAGAGAAACUCAAUGGGAAUCUCAGGCCUCAUGGAGACAGCAGGACUGCUGGAAGGCCAGGAAAAGAAAACAUCAAUGAUGAGCCUGUGGAUAUGAGUGCUAGACGGAGUGAGCCAGACCGAGGAAGGCUAACUCCUUCUCCAGACAUCAUUGUUUUGUCUGACAAUGAGGCUUCCAGUCCCCGUUCCAGCUCCCGAAUGGAAGAAAGACUCAAAGCAGCCAACCUAGAGAUGUUUAAGGGGAAAGGCAUUGAGGAACGGCAACAGCUCAUCAAGCAGCUGAGGGACGAACUGCGACUGGAAGAAGCUCGAUUGGUGCUUUUAAAGAAACUGAGACAGAGUCAACUACAGAAAGAGAAUGUGGUCCAAAAGACUCCAGUUGUACAGAAUGCAGCGUCUAUUGUACAACCAUCUCCUGCCCAUGUGGGACAGCAAGGUUUAUCCAAACUUCCCUCCCGGCCUGGGGCCCAAGGGGUUGAAGCUCAAAAUUUGAGAACAUUACAGGGUCACAGUGUCAUCCGUUCAGCGACCAAUACAACCCUCCCACACAUGUUGAUGUCCCAACGUGUUAUUGCACCAAAUCCAGCCCAACUACAGGGCCAACGGGGCCCACCCAAGCCUGGCAUUGUACGCACCACAACACCCAACAUGAAUCCCGCCAUCAGUUAUCAACCACAGUCAAGUUCUUCUGUUCCUUGUCAGCGUACAACAUCCUCUGCCAUCUAUAUGAACCUUGCCUCCCAUAUCCAGCCAGGGACUGUGAACAGAGUGUCCUCGCCACUUCCUAGCCCUAGUGCUAUGACUGAUGCUGCCAACUCACAGGCUGCAGCCAAAUUGGCUCUUCGGAAACAGCUAGAAAAGACACUCCUGGAGAUUCCACCUCCAAAACCUCCUGCUCCCUUGCUUCACUUCCUGCCUAGUGCAGCCAAUAGUGAGUUCAUCUAUAUGGUAGGCUUGGAAGAAGUCGUACAGAGUGUCAUUGAUAGCCAAGGCAAAAGCUGUGCCUCGCUUCUGCGGGUUGAACCCUUUGUAUGUGCCCAGUGCCGCACAGAUUUCACCCCUCACUGGAAGCAAGAAAAGAAUGGUAAGAUUCUGUGUGAGCAGUGUAUGACAUCCAACCAGAAGAAAGCUCUAAAAGCUGAACACACCAACCGGCUGAAAAAUGCUUUUGUUAAAGCCCUACAGCAGGAACAGGAAAUUGAACAGCGAUUACAGCAGCAGGCAGCCCUCUCUCCUACUACGGCUCCAACUGUGUCCAGUGUCAGUAAACAAGAGACCAUCAUGAGACACCAUACACUUCGGCAGGCCCCACAGCCCCAGAGCAGCCUCCAGCGUGGUAUACCCACAUCUGCCCGCUCCAUGCUUUCAAACUUUGCACAGGCACCCCAGUUGUCUGUGCCAGGUGGCCUCCUUGGUAUGCCAGGUGUCAACAUUGCAUACUUGAACACUGGCAUCGGAGGACACAAAGCUCCCAGUUUGGCAGACCGACAGCGGGAAUACCUUUUAGACAUGAUCCCUCCCCGGUCUAUAUCGCAGUCCAUUAGUGGACAGAAAUAACGCCUGUUCCACUUGUACUGCCUAACCUUGAACCCUUUACCCCUUUCCUCUCCUGUUGCUCCCAACUUCCGUCGCAUGCAGUGCCUGUACUGGUGCCUACCAUACACGGAAAGCAAAACUGAAAAAACAGAAGACAAAAAAUAGAAAUCAACAAGAAAAUACACGCCCUGCCCCACCACCUCCCCUUUGUUUCAUACUGCUGCGAUCUGUUAUCCUGCCACUCAAUCUUCUCUCUUCAAUUCUUUAACAAUGAGGUGGAUCUUUGCCUCUGAUAGAGGUCAGAAUGAGGUCCUGGGGAGAAUUUAAGCCCUCUGUCAUGUGUUUCUAAAGUUUGUUUUAUGCUAUAAUUAUUACCAUUUUUAAUUAUAUUGUGUGUCCUCCCUUUGUUCAGUGGACGGUUAUAUCUCCCCCCACACACAACUUUUUUCUGUUUUCUUUUUGUCCCUUCCUCUCUUCAUAAUCUCUCCCCUCCUUCUUCCCUUCCUUCCUGAUUUUUUUUUUUUGUAAACAUAAAUGACAUUCAGUUCAGUGAUAGGAGCAUUGCAGGUUGCAGUAGGGUCCUCCACUGCCAAGUAGGACAUGAUUGAGAGUUAGAGGCAGAGGUUUUGAAUGCACUUAACCUGAGUUGUGGGGUGAAUGACAUCAAGCAGGAGGAAUAAUACCCAGUUGUGGGUGUUUGGGGGCUGGACUGUUGGGGAGGCAGUGUUUAAUAUUAAAGUCAGGCUCUAAGGAUGAGAGGGGAAAAGCCUAGAGAGCAAAGCUUUAAAAUACUCUGGAGUUUAUCCAUAUGAGGGGGCAGGGAGGUAUGAUAAUGUAACAUAAUGGUAAGCCAAGGAGGACAGAGCAGGGCCUGGCCUUCUGGAGCUGGGGGAUUAAAAUUGGUCUCCAGUGGGAGCAUGAAAGUAUUCCAGGCCAACUAGUCCAAAAUUGUUUUCUCUGUAAAAUUGUUUCCUACCCCAUUUGCAUCCCCUUGUUGAAAACCAUAAUCUUCCCCUCCCUCCCCCAGCCCCAUCUAUAAUAGAGAGGAACAAUUGUUCCCAAGCUGAAGUUGGCUGGAUUCCUAUAAGUUGGAAUGGGCAUGAGUCAGAUGACAGAAAAGAAAGGAGAAAACAGGAGAAUGAGAUAUCUCCCCCAACACUUGAGAUUCUCACAUUUGUCUCUCCCUUUGCCCUCUGAGUGCCGAGAUGGUUGAGGGCCUCUAACCAGGUUGGAGUCCUGCCCUGACCCUGCUGCACU